AUGAUCAUCACUGGCGAUGACAUAGUGGGUAUCUCUAGUCUCAAACAGUUCCUCAUUCACCAGUUUGAGAUGAAAGAUUUGGGUUUGCUUAGCUAUUUCCCUGGCUUGGAAAUUUCUCAUGAUCAUUCUGGUUACUUUCUAACCCAGGCCAAGUAUAUCUCUGAUCUCUUGACUCAUGUUGGUCUUACCGAUUGCAAGACUGCUACUACUCCAGUUGAUCCUCAGACUCAUCUCACACCUCUUGAUGGUCACCUAUUAUCUGCUGCUACUUUAUAUUGUCAGCUACUUGGUAGUCUUGUCUAUCUCACAGUUACUCAUCCAGACAUUGCCUAUACUGUUCACAUUGUCAGUCAGUUCAUGGAUGCUCCUUGUUCUCCACACUAUGAUGCUCUAAUUAGGUCGGGGAUCAUACUAACCGCCGCUCUACUACAGGGUUCUACUUCUUCUUGGGUGAUUCUCUCAUUACCUGACAUAGCAAGAAGCAAACUCUUGUUGCUCGUUCUAGUACUGAUGCUGAGUAUCUUGCUCUUGUGGAUACUACUCAAGAGCUUGUGUGACUUCGUUGGCUUCUUAUUGAUAUGA